AGAGAAGAAGCAGAACCCAAAGAGACUGUCACGAUCAUCCUCAUGACGAAGAAAGAAAAAAAUGGAAAGGAAAAUGAGAAAAAACUGCUUGUAAUUAAAGUCACAAGCUGUCAUGUGUACUCUGUAUAAUAGGACGGAAGUGUUCUUGUAGUGCUCCACUGUUGCUUUCUCAUUGCAUCUUAUCAGUUCUCCUCUGGCUGCUGUUUGCGCAUUAAACUGUAACUAAACAGUUAGUAAACUUUGUUGAAAUCGAGACCUUUCAGUCCCCAAGGGAUUGUUAGAAGUUGAAUGUGGAAUUCAUCCACAGAGGAGCGUUAAAAGCGCCAAUAUAUAUUUAAAAUGUAUUAGGAGGAUAGCGAAAACAGUAUGGCAGACAGAAGCACUUACAACGUUGUGAUUUUGGGUGUGGGAUUUCUGUUCAUUUUCACCGCCUUCACCACCUGUGGGAACGUUGAACAAACUGUGGUGAAAAGUUUAAAAAAUUCAACGUUCAGUGGGAGUGGUUACCACAGUUUAGGGAUCAUCUAUGGUGUUUUUUCAUUCUCCAAUCUGCUUGCACCAACUGUUGUUACAGUAAUUGGAGCGAAACUGACCAUGUUUUUCAGUGGCCUACUCUACAGUGGUUACAUUGCAGUAUUCAUCAUGCCAUCUACUUGGUCAUUUUACCUGACCUCUGUUCUCAUCGGUAUUGGAGCAGCCUUGCUCUGGACGGCUCAGGGGCGAUUUCUGGUGGAAAACUCAGAAGCUUCCACCAUCAACAGGAACACCGGGAUGUUCUGGGCUCUUCUACAAUGCAGCAUGCUGUUUGGGAAUCUUUACAUUUACCUGGACUGGAAUGGAAAAUCAGAAAUAUCAGACAGCAGCAGGAGGAACAUUUUUCUGUUCCUGCUGGUCGCCUCCAUCCUUGGCACUCUCAGCUUCCUGGUGUUGAGGACGAGCCAUCAUGAAGAGGAGAUGCUGUCUGAAGAGGAAGGGCAGUUGCUGCUCUCGACUCGCACAAUGUACAAGAACAGGGCAAACACUGCUUUGCAAGAUACCAGGACAGAAUUCCAAACCAUCCUACGUCUAUUGAAGACUGAAACUAUAAUGCUCCUGAGUCCCUGCAUGGUAUACAGCGGCCUUGAGUUGUCUUUCUACAGUGGAGUGUAUGGAACGUGCAUUGGAGCAACUGCCCACUUCGGGGAAGCAGCCAAAGGUUUGAUUGGGAUCUCUGGGAUUGUUGUAGGCAUUGGAGAAAUAGUAGGUGGAGGUUUGUUUGGAUUGCUGUGCAAAAACAGUCGCUUCAGACGAACCUCAGUGGUGUUUCUGGGAAUGGUUGUCCAUUUCAUUGCUUCCUACUUGAUUUUCCUUAACAUCCCAGAUGAUGCGCCUGUCGUCGGGGAAUCCACCACCCAGAAAAAUCCAUUUUUAAGUCCAAGUGCAUCCAUUGCUCUGUUGUGCUCCUUCCUGCUUGGACUUGGAGAUAGUUGCUUCAACACACAGCUCUACAGCAUAUUGGGAUAUGUUUACGCCGAACAAAGCACGCCUGCUUUCGCCAUCUUUAAAUUCAUCCAGUCUGUUAGUGCAGCAGUGGCGUUCUUCUACAGCGGCUACCUUCUGCUGAAGUGGCAGCUCCUGCUUCUGGUCAUCCUGGGCUUUACUGGAACUCUCUGCUUCUUCAUAGUUGAGAGGAUGCAGGACUUUUCCAUGGAUUCACAAGAAUAUUGAAAAGCAGGCAUUUCUGGUCAGAAUCAUUUGAGUCCUGGAAACAUAAGUAACCCUGAAACACAUUUCUGAAUUUUUGUAUUGUCCUAUUGUUCAAUCCUAUCGAUUCUCACAUUGUUAUAGAAUAAUAUUAUAGACCAUGCAUUGGAGAUUUUUCUUAUGAGUUGGCUCUUCACUACACAGUUGCACCUCAUUCAGUCUUAUGCUUAAAUCUUAAUAACCACCCAUUUUCUUGUAUGCUUGCAUUAUUUGUAGCUCAGGUUUGUCUUAAUAAAAGUGCUAAUUUUCUAUGUAUCUAAACCGUUUUUAUUAAUAUAAAUGAGACUAAAUAAUGCCUGACAAUCACUACUUUCUGUUGUGUUUGUAAAUCUUGGUUUAUAAUGUAAAUGUUUUUUCCUUUUUGUUAAUUUUUGAAUAAUAAAAGUUUAUUGCAUUUUGGA